AUGGCCACUGGUUUUUCACGUGUUGUAGGGUUCUCGAACCCUUACGAGUUUCUCGAAGCGGUCAAAAGCAGCGAUGACAGCUUGAUGAACCUCUCGCUCGGCGCGCUCAUGGAUAGCAUGGAUGAGCAACAAAUACGAGUGCGAAAUAUCACAGAGGAUUCCAGGACGCUUGUUGGUGUAUACGACGGAGAUGUCCUAGCGUUGACACUGGUCAAGGUCGCUAGUGACUUCCCUUGGGUUUUGGGCAGCCCGAGGGACAGGGAACUUGUACGGCCAAAUGCGAAGGCAGCAAUCUCGCGAUUAGUUUCUUUCCUUCCCAUGGUCGUCGAUCCAAAAUCGUUCGAUAACGUCCUCAGUCCCGAUUUUUUGGUGGAUGCCUUCAUAGACGCAUGGGUCUCCGGCAUGACUGCCCGCGGGCUACGCAUCGAAGCUCUUCCCACCUUUUUCCGCUCCAAAGCCUCUUUCGCUACCCUCGCUACGCUGCCCCCGUCGUCGCUAGUGCUUUCAAAGUACAGAAUAGAGCUGGCAAGCCCAGAUGAUGUGGAGACACUUGCACAUCUUUUUCUCGAUUUCUCCCGCUCGAGCCCCAACACGGCGUCUACCUGGGAAGCGAGGACGAAGAUGGACAUGUCCGUCCGGUCGGGUGAGAUAUGGGUCUGCCGAGAGCAGGGAGAGAUCGCAGGGUAUAUUGCGACAGAUCACCGACGCAAGGGCAUAGCAGAAGCGAUGACCGUGGCGAUGAUGCGGUACUUCCUUGGAGCACAGCCGCUAGGGUUUGACGGCACACCGUACGGCCCUCUCGUGAAAGGUGCCAAGGAAGAGAUUUGUUUGAAUGUCGCGGAGGAGCAUGUUAAAAGGUUGUACAAGAAAUGUGGGUUUCUGCUGGGUGAGAGCGACCGGGAUCCUGCCACGGGAAAGAAGUUAUGGUUCGCCUCAGCCUUCAGAGGUGUUAAAGUUCUCGAAGACUAA